AUGAGAAAUAUGACACUGAAUCUGGUCUCGCCGCUCGCGUUCUUGCUUUUCCUCCUUCGCCUUUGCCAAGCCAAAACCGUCAACCUCGAUUUCAAUGUCACCUGGGUGAAUGCGAAUCCUGAUGGACUUGCCGAGAGAAAAGUGGUCGGCAUUAAUGGGCAAUGGCCACUUCCAGUGAUUGAGGUGGACAAGGGUGACCGGCUCAUUGUCAACACAUACAAUGCAUUGGGCGAUAAAUCAACUUCGAUUCAUUGGCAUGGCAUGUACCAAAAUGGAACAAAUGAUAUGGAUGGACCAUCCAUGGUGACUCAAUGCCCUAUCCCGCCUGGUGCAUCGUUCACAUACAACUUCACUGUGAACCAGAACGGAACGUACUGGUAUCACUGUCAUACCGAUUAUUGCUACCCAGACGGGUACCGUCAGGCCUUGAUUGUGCAUGAUAAGGACUCGUACUUCAACGAUAUGUACGAUGAGGAAUAUACGAUCACAAUGAGUGAUUGGUAUCAUGAUCUUAUGGAAGAUAUCGCGCCAAAGUUCAUCAAUAUGGACAACCCCACCGGCGCGGAGCCUAUUCCUCAGGCAUUUCUGUUCAAUGAUACUAUGAACAGCAGCAUCCCAGUGGAAGCCGGCAAGACCUACUUGUUCCGUUUGAUCAAUAUCGGGGCAUUUGUCGCACAGUACUUCUAUAUCGAAGAUCACACAUUCCGCAUCGUUGAGAUUGAUGGUGUAUACACGGAGCCUAGUGAGGCCGAUAUGCUCUAUAUCGCCGUUGCACAGCGCUAUGCUAUUCUCGUGACAAUGAAAAACUCGACCGAACGAAACUACCCAAUUGUCACUGUCGCGGACUCGGUUCUUCUAGACACAAUCCCCGAAAGCCUUCAGCUCAACCACACUAACUGGCUGGAAUAUAAUGCCAGCUCAGCGCAUCCUCAGGCUAUCAUGAAAGUGGAUGUCGCCUCUGAUCUUGAUCCAUAUGAUGAUUUCACUCUCAUUCCCUACGACAAGCAGCCGCUUCUUCCAGAUGCUGAUAUGACAAUCGAUCUCACGGUCGUAAUGGGUAAUCUCGGGGAUGGUGCAAGCUACGCAUUUUUCAACAAUAUUUCCUACACAAAGCCCAAGGUUCCAACCUUAUACUCUGUUCUGUCCUCGGGAAAUCUCUCUUCCGACCCCCAAGUCUAUGGAGACUACACCCACCCGUUCGUUCUGGGUCAUAAUCAAGUCGUGGAUAUUGUUCUCAACAACGGCGACACUGGAUCCCACCCAUUUCAUCUUCAUGGCCAUCAGUUCCAGGUCAUUGAGCGAUUCCCGCCGUAUGGAGAACACUUCUAUGACUAUGCUGAUGGAGACCCUGUCACAUAUGAUCCAUCAAAUCACACUGCAUUCCCAGAAUAUCCCGCCAGGCGAGAUACCCUGGUUCUUCCCCCUCAGGGGUACUUUGUCGUCCGCGUUGUCGCCGAUAACCCAGGCGUAUGGCUUUUCCAUUGCCACAUUGAUUGGCAUUUGUCACAAGGUCUCGCUUUGACCUUAAUCGAAGCUCCGGAACAGAUUCAAGAGCGUCUAUCAAUCCCACAAAAUCAUUACGACGUCUGCGACGCCGCUGGCGUGAAAUACGAGGGUAAUGCUGCAGGAAAUACGAAAGACUAUCUUGAUUUAGAUGGCCAGAAUAAGCAGGUUGAUUGGCUACCUGCCGGUUUUACUGCCAAAGGAAUCGUUGCGAUGGUGUUUUCUUGUGUGUCCGCCUUCUUAGGUAUGGCUUUUAUCACCGUGUAUGGGAUGUCUGGCAUCAAGCAAAGCAAGAAGCAAAAUCAGGCAAAUGAUUCCACUGCCACUGCCAGCUCCGACAUUUCCUGA